AUGGCUAACACCUCUCGGCCCCUCACUGUGGCAGAGAUUCAGUCGCUCGCCAGAGCCGUCACGGAUGAACGCAUCUUUAAGAUGUUCCUCAUCCUCUUCACCCACGUGUUGUUCAUCUACAUCAACAUUGUAAUGAUGGUCACCCUGCGCAGCAAGCCCACUUUUUGCAGCACGGCCCGUUACAUCCUUUUUGGCCACAUGUUGCUGAACGACACGCUGCACCUGGGUGUGAGUCUGGUAUUGUACCUCCUGAACGCCUUCUUUUUCACACUGGUGCGUGCCGCUUGCUCACUCCUGGUGCUACUGUCGGCCACGACCUUCACCGUGGCGCCCCUAAACCUGGCCGUCAUGUCUCUGGAGCGCUACGUGGCGGUCUGCUUCCCCCUGCACCACUGCCAGUUGGCCACGCCGUCCCGCACUCGCCUCGCCAUCCCGCUCAUCUGGGCGGCCGGCUGCAUUAAUGUGAUCAUUGACGUGUGGGCUCUGUUUCUCGCCGGGCCAACCUUUUACCAAUCGCAGACGGUCUGCACGCACGAACAGCUGAUGGUGACGCAGUGGCAGGGAUUCAAGGCCCUGGUCCUAAACAUCCUGCUCUUUGUGUCCGUGGCGCUGCUGUUGCUCUACACCUACGUGGCCAUCUUUAUCGAGGCUCGCUCGGCCUCCUCGGACAAGGCCUCCGCACACAAGGCCUUGAAGACGGUGCUCCUGCACGCCUUCCAGCUGGGGCUCUCUCUCAUGUCCUUCCUCUAUGUCUUCCUGGAGUCACUGACCUCUCAGCUGCCCUUUGCCAUCUACAAUCAGCUGCGUUUUUUCAACUUCUUUACUGUAGUGAUUCUGCCACGCUGCCUGAGCUCGCUAGUGUACGGGUUGAGGGACGAGGCCUUCAAGCCCCUGUUCAAGCGGCAGUUUUUAUUUUGUGGCAGCUGGGCAAAAGUAGGAGCUCCAUGA